CAUGCCAGGUGUCACCCACCCAUUGGAGACGCGUUCGCGAGUUGACGAGGAGGAAAGCGGAGAGAAAGCAUUUUCUCUCAUUUCUGAAAAAAAGCUAGGGUUUCUCUCCGAAAGGCGAUUUUGGUGCGACGCUGACCGUUCUUCACUUUUCUCUAUCUAAUCGACGACGGAGUGUCUCCUCUACGAGCACAGGUGAGUAUCGAGUGGAUUCACGGUUAAAUCAAGCAUUUUUGGUGUCGAAACCGAUGUGAGGGACUCGAAAUAGAUUUUGUGGUUUCGAGUUUGGGUUCAAAAUCGGAAAAGGGGGUUUCGAUUUAUGGUUGUAAAACCUCAUGCGGGGUUCGAUUUAUCGAUUUUUAGGGUUUGUUUAUCUGGGAUCUGAAAUCGAUUUGGGGGUUUUGAGUUAUGGUUUUAAAUCUGCAUGUGGGUUCGAUUUAUGGGUCGUUUCAUCAUAAUUUUUCGUGAUUAUGUCGUAAUCUGUUUUAUCUUUGUUGUUUAGAUGGAUCCCGUGGAAGAUAGAAGAAAUACAAAGAGGCAAGAGGAGUACUACAACAGGAUGGGAAACGUGGCCGAUUCAGAAUAUGGGAUUCCCAGAAGGUGUCCCUGUGGUGGGAGAAUCCGAGACGAGGUUCGCGUGAAGGAGGAGUACGACACUCUGCCUGGGAAACGCUUCUUCACAUGCAUCAACUACGAGGCUGAUGGGUUUCAUUACCGUCAGCCUUGGGUUAUAGGUGUGCAGGAGGAGAUCGAAAGUCUGCGUAGGCGGGUGGAGAAGGCUGAGCAGGUGAUCAAGUUGGUGCCCAAUCUCAAUAAACAUAUCGACACAGUUGAGGCAGAGGUUAACCGCCUCAGUUUGGUGGUUGAUAACCUCACUGCUGAGAUUUAUUCUCUCACUGUGCAGGUCGCAAAUCUGGAGAAGGCCUGCUUCGAAUAAAAACCUUAAGGUAAACACUCAAGCUUAACUAAGCUUAACUGAACUGAAGUAUUUAGCUUGCUCUGCUGAAUGAUGUGAUGAAUGCUGAACUAGAGGUGAACUGAACUAGGUAGAGUAGGUAACUGAACUAGAAAGUGAAGUGAACUAGGUAGACUAGGAACUGAAAAACAUUAAUUAUCAGUUGGUUGGUUGCUCUGAUGAAUGUUGUGUUGAAUGCUCUCUGUCUACUUCUUGUACUAGUUUUUUAAAACAGAUUUGAUGUGUAAUGAAUGCCGUUAGAGAACAACUUGUUGUGUAAUUAACUUUAAUGAAUUUUGGUAGUUAGACUUACUUUAAUUGCUCUCUCUUAUCAAAGCACAAUUGUAGUUUAAAAACAUAGUUAGAAGUAAAAAAUCUGAAAACCAAAACCACGUUUAAAACACCACCCCAAACCAAAAUGGAACCGUUUUCUCUAGAUUCUCCCGGGUUUAUGAACCUUUUAUCUUCCCAAACCAGUCAACCCAUAGACGUAGGGUCCAUAGGCGUAGGGUCUUCUACUGUUCCAAAACCGUUGGAAAGGAAAAAGUGGACAACACAAGAAGACAUUGUUCUGAUCAGUGCUUGGUUGAACACCAGCAAGGAUCCGAUAGUUAGUAACCAGCAGAAGUUAGGGUCAUUGUGGAAUAGAAUAGCAGAGUAUUUCAAUUCAAGCCCUCAGCUGAGUGGCUUCGCUCCUAGAGAGUGGAGUCAGUGUAAGCAGAGGUGGGGAAGAGUUAAUGAGCAGGUCUGUAAGUUUGUGGGAAGUUAUGAGGCCGCAUUGAAGGAACAAGCUAGUGGUCAAAAUGAGAACGAUGUCAUGAAGUCUGCCCAUGACAUCUUCUUUAACGACUACCAGCUCAAGUUCACACUCGAGCAUGCGUGGAGGGAACUGAGGUUUGAUCAAAAAUGGAGAUCAAACUCUGUUUCCAGAGAUGGUCUAAAGGAGAAAAGGAAGGAAGCUGCGGAAACAGAGCCUGAGUUGGAAGAGGUUAGGCCUCCUGGUAUUAAGGCUUCCAAAGCUGCGAAAGGAAAGAAGCACGGGAAUGAAGCAGUUCUUGAUCAGAUAGAGAGCAUACUAGCUAUGAAAACUAUCAUAUCAAACCGGAAAAUCCUUGAUCGUCUCUUAGGCAAAAAUGCAGAUACACUUUCUGAUCAAGAAAGGACACUCAAGAAUAAACUGAUAUCUGAAAUGCUUUGAGUUGGUCAGUCGGUUAUUUUUUUGUGGUUUACAAUGUGUUGUGUAGACUAUUGUCUAGAGUGAUAUGUGAUUUCUUGAGUGUUGUCUAGACUUUUUGUUUAACUUUAUUGAUUCGGCUCUGUUUUGUGUUGCAGGUCACGGGUUGCUUGACUUGUGGAGGUGGAUGCUUGUACUUGUGUUGCAGGUCACGGGUUCACGCUUUCUCUGUUUCUUUUAUGUACCUGUCUUUUAGCUUUAUGUACCUGUCUUUUAGCUCUAUGUAUGUCGGGAGAGUCAAGCAGAAGUUCCCAGGUGCGAAGAAGAGAAAGUUUGAAUGUCCAUAAUAUGCUUGGCAUUCGCACUGAAGUUCGAAAUUCAGAUAAACAUGAUCGUUUGAAAGCUGAUCUCAUCGAAAAUAUCUGGCAAAUGUUUGGUAAUGUAGAUGAUUGAUCGUUGUAUGUUCAUGAAUUCUCAGUGUAUUGAAUAAAUUUCUUUUAUAAAUAUAUUGGUUAAUGUAAUCAAUUCUUAAUGUAUUGAAUAUUUUAAAACUUAUUAUAUUUUAUUCAUUUAUUUUCAAUAUAGUGAAAAGAUUUAAAAAAAUAUAUAUAUAAUAUUAUUUUAUUUUUAUGAACCCCUUCUGCAGGUUCACCAAUGCAGGAACACAAUCGAUAGAGGUUCACAACUAUUUAUGGUCCUACCAAAAAAAUAAUAAAAAAACCUUAUGAACCCCAAGAGGAAGUUCACCAAUGCGGAUGCCCUAAGAAACAGCCUUACGUGAAGACGGUAAACAAUGUGAAUCACAUAAACACAUGAACAGAGGGAGACUUUUUUGUGGUCGUACGAAGAAGUCAAGCAUCAGCAGCGCCACAUGCUUCUUAUUUCUUCUUCACUCUUCAACCAAACAAUUAUAUAUCAUUUCGUUUUCCCCAACAUCCGUCAAUAAUCAAUUAUAUUAUAAUUGACGCAGUAGAAGAACGCAAUUAACAAAAUAUUUUCUCAAAAAAAAAAAGAA